UCAUUUAUUUCUAAAAUCCUAGGAUUCCGUCAGGGUGAAUGAUUCCCUUUGUUGAGCAACUGGGUCUUUGUGGAGUGUAAAGGGGGCUUUGCAAAGCGAAUCACGCUGUAUUGUGUGAAAUAAGACGAGUAAAAGCGAUGUUUCCCUUGCAAUUUGUUGACUCCAGCGCCAUGUUCCGGGACUAAUGACAGGGAACCGUUGUUAAUUUACCAUCACAGCAGGGUCGCCAUCGUACACACAACCCUGUUUCACCGAGGGAUACGUCAUUAAAGUCUGACUGGCCCUAGAUGGCACCACCUUAGAAUCAUUCAUCCUAGCUCUUUGCAAUUGGUUCCAAAGAUAAAUUACAAGCGGUGGAUGAAGUGGAGCCGGGCUGUGUAUGAGGGUGACCCCUCGGCAGCUAUGAUGGCUGGCAGGUAUAUGCAGCAUCCUACACCCCCACAGCCUAUUAGACCACAGUUGCAGGUUCAGGGCCAGUAUGCGGAAUAUGGUCGAUCACUUGCUCGUUCCCAAGAUGAUGAGCAAGUGAAUUAUUUUUGUCAACGACCCCAUAACGACAACGACUUUGCAUAUCAAAAGGGACAUCGAUGGGCUCUAGGGGAUGACUCUGUCAUCGAUGUAAGUAGAGAAAAGGCGAUGAAUGGCAACGUGAUAUAUAGCCGAUUGGAGAAUGGGAACAUGAGGCCCCAAAAUGUUACUCUAGGCCAGGUGAGCAGACGAGUGGAAUAUGGACAGCAGAUUGCUCCAGCCAAAAAAUUAUGGGGUGUGGAAGAGGCCAAAACAGAUAAAGGAAUUUUUAACAUUGGGGAACCCACAUGGAGAGAAACGGCAUGGAGCACAGGACCACCAACAGAUCAUGGAGUGGGACAGUCUCAUGGAUUAAAUAUGGGUGUUGGCCAGAGAGGUCCAGUUCGUCCACAAUUCCCGGGAGGUGAUUCAGUGUUAUCUCCACGUGCCUCCGAUCAUGCUGGGGUUGGACUCAAGAUGGUUGAGUAUGUCCUUGCCUCUUCGCCAACGGGGAAGGAUCUCGAUGCUCGUAUGGCAAACCUAGCACUCAGGAAUGGAGCUGUGGACGCAAGUAAGGACAAAAAAGACAAAGCACCGUCACCAUUCGACCCUACGAAAAAGGAUGUAGAAAAUGGCAAUAUGCCCCAAGCAAAUGGCAUUGUACAAAAUGGUUUAGAAGACGAUAAAGCAUUUAAUACUGUGAAGUAUGGGAAUGGCUUUUGUGCCACAAUUAAAACUGGCCUAAAGACUCCUUCAGCUCGCCACCACCCCACACAUUACAGUUCCAGUUUCAACCUCUACAUGAAAAGUCGAACACCUGGGAGCAGACAAGGAUCACCAUCUGAAGAAGACCUAAACAAAAAUGGUAUGGUGCCUGACACCACUGGUGGCGGUGGAGUUGUCAUGGGACCAGGAGCGCCAGUUCUUGGACCCUUAGAUCCUGGCUUUGAAGGAGGAGGUGCGGUUGGAGGGAUAGGUGGUCACGCUGGAAUUUUAGAUCCUGGUAUGAGUGGUCCGUUUUCAUCACCUGGAGGACCGGACUACAAUAACAUGGCUACUAGCAUGCCGAUGGACUCGCCGACGUUGCUACCUGGACCAGGGGGACCUCAACCACAAAGCUUCACUACUGACAGUCAGCAGUUGUUCCGAAAUGCUCAACAACAACAAGGUGGCCCCAAUCAUCAGCAAAUUCAGUUAUUGGCACAGCAGCAAUACUUAGCUGCUCAGGCAGCUCAACAGCAGGGCUUAGCGGCUCCAGCAGCAGCCUUCAGUGCGCCUUAUGUGAUCAACGCCCAAGAGCCAUACGUAGGCACUUUAAUUACAGGUCCAACUGCAGUGAUUCCACAGUACUAUGGAGUACACUGGGGAGUUUACCCAGCAAACAUUAUACAGCAACAGGGCCCAGGGGGACAACCUCGAAGACCCAACUCUCCAUCACAGACUAAUGAAGUUACUAGCCAAAGCAAUGGGAAUUUGGCAGCUGCAGCUGCUGCUGGAAACAUGCAAGGACCACUAUCGCAAUAUCAGGUAAUUCCAGCUUACUAUGACCAAAAUGGGGCAGUGUUAAUGGGCAACUUAAGGGGUGUAGGAAAUGGUGCCCCUGUCAGGCUAGUAUCGCCAGCACCAGUUUUAAUAAAUGGUGCUAAUGGCGCUCAAGCAGCUGCUGCCAACAACAUGCGACUGUUAAGUAAUCAGGCUCCUCAAAUUGGAACUCCGCCAGCUUCUCUUUAUAACAACAGUCAAACUCCGAGCCUGAACAACAGCCAGACCUUCACUGGGAACACACUUGCUGAUUCCCUCUCGCAAGGCCUGCAGACUUCCAAUGCACUAACAAGCAACAACUACUCGUUGGGUCUGCAAACUAGUAGUCUAGGUUUUGGCAAUAGCACCCUGGGCACCAUUGGAUCCCCUGCUAUUGGCAAUUUAGGUGGUGGAUUAGGAGGUAGUAGUAUGGGACGACGAGAUUCCUUAGACCGAACGACAUCAGUUUUAUCGCCGCUUUCUCAAGACUUCCGAAGUGGAAAAUGGACAAGCAAUUAUGGAGCUCUAGGCACUGUAACAGCUUCCCCAGGGCCCAUAGGCCUUACGUCUGGAAGUCUUACACCUCCACCUAGCUUAAGUACCUCAUCUGCACUUCCUUUAGGGGCUUUAAUGUCGGGAAACAGAGUUAUUUCUGCAGCUCCUGGAGCAGAAGCAAAAUUUCGAAAUGGAUCCACAAAUGGAAUGUUCACUGGUGGUUCCUCAACUCUCUUUCCACCUUUAAAGCGGAAUUUGAGCUUGGAUAAAUGCACUGGGCGUUCUCGUCUCUUAGAAGACUUCCGCAACAAUAGGUUUCCCAAUCUUCAGUUACGUGAUUUGGCAAACCAUAUUGUUGAAUUCAGCCAAGAUCAGCAUGGGUCUCGGUUUAUUCAGCAGAAGCUUGAACGGGCUACCCCUGCUGAAAAGCAAAUGGUUUUCAAUGAAAUACUUACUGCAGCCUACUCCCUAAUGACUGAUGUGUUUGGUAAUUAUGUUAUUCAGAAGUUCUUUGAGUUUGGCACACCAGAGCAGAAAACUGUUUUAGCAAACAAGAUUCGUGGUCAUGUUUUGCCACUAGCUUUACAAAUGUAUGGAUGCAGAGUAAUACAGAAAGCACUGGAGUGCAUAACUCAGGACCAGCAAAAGGACAUCGUACGCGAGCUUGAUGGACAUGUUUUGAAAUGUGUCAAAGACCAGAAUGGCAACCAUGUUGUUCAGAAGUGUAUCGAGUGUGUGGACCCUUUGGCAUUGCAAUUCAUCAUCAACGCCUUCCAGGGGCAAGUGUUCACAUUGUCAACACACCCAUAUGGUUGUCGUGUGAUUCAGCGCAUUUUGGAGCACUGUACUGGUGAUCAAACUUCACCUGUACUUGAAGAACUGCAUCAACACACAGAACAGUUGUUACAAGAUCAGUAUGGCAAUUAUGUCAUCCAGCAUGUAUUAGAACAUGGGAAACCAGAAGAUAAAAGCAAGAUUGUAGGUGUUGUAAGAGGAGGAGUUCUUAAACUUUCUCAACACAAAUUUGCCUCCAAUGUUGUGGAAAAAUGUGUGACACAUGCUACCCGUGCUGAGAGGGCCAUGCUUAUUGAAGAGGUGUGUGGGUACAGUGACAAUGCUCACAGUUCCUUGCUGGUCUUAAUGAAGGAUCAGUAUGCCAAUUAUGUGGUGCAAAAGAUGAUCGAUGUUGCUGAACCUGCACAGCGCAAGAUGCUCAUGCACAAGAUCCGCCCACACAUUUCAACAUUACGGAAAUAUACUUAUGGGAAGCACAUCUUGGCCAAGCUUGAAAAGUACUUCAUGAAGAAUGCUCCAGAUACAAUGGGGGCCAGCAUGGCAAGUCCAAUUUAAAGCUGCCUUUCACCACAGUGUGACCAUCUCUUGCCACAUGCCAUCAGUUAGAUAUUCAAGGGAGAAUGCCAAUUUGUCAUUGCUUUUUUAUAUAUAAAUAUAUAUAUAUAAAUAUAUAGGUUUGAAGCACUAGAUUAUGCGCCAUACUUUUUCUUAUACAUGUAUGUAUAAAGCCCUAAUAUUGGAUUUAUUUAGAGCCUAUUAAGUAAAGAAACACAAAAUCAGUUGAAUCUGAUUACUGUCUUUUGAAAUUUUUCAUCUUUUACGGGAAAUUGAUUGUAAAUUGAAUGGCAGGGCUACUUUAUUUUUUUAAUACUGUAAAAAGGUUACAUUCUAAAAAAAUAUUUAAGAAUAUUUACAUUGAAAUUUCAAUUUUAUUUCAGAUUAUUCAAAGUUGUAAAAAAUAACUUUACAUCAAGGUAGAGGAUAUCUUGUUCACUAUAGAUUAAAAAUCUAAUUUUAUUAUGACAAUGAACAUUACCAGGAUUCUGCUUAUUACUGACUCUUGAAAAGUUGAUAUAUUAAUUCAGAACUUAUUUUGGUGUGCCCUUAAUGCAUAGUAACAUUUCAGCUAGGCUCUUGUAGUUUGAUAGAGCAUGUUAAUCAUUACUGUGGGCUUGUGGCUAUUGCAUGAUUUUGCCGUAGUGAGCUUUUCUUAAAUACAGUAUAUAUAUAUACGUAUAUAUAUAUACACUAAAUAUAUAUAUAAAUAUUAUCUAACAAUUUCAAAACUUGGAUAUAGCCGUUUGCCACUUUUUACCCAAUUGGUAAUUGUUGUUACCUUCCUACAGUUGUAUUUCUCUUUCUUUUUCACAUUAGUAGUGGUGUAUAUUGUUAGUAAUUAGAAGCCUUGUUUGUCUGGGCAGGCCAAACAAUGGUAGUUUAGUUGUAUGGGAUUUAUAGUGUGGAUGGGAGCGUGUUAAGGGAAUGAUUGGGUAUAAUAUCUUAAGUUAGUCUUUUGAGUGUUACCACAGGUUUAUCACAAAAAUUUGAAACAAGUGCCCAGAAAUAUCAGAUGGCAAAUGUUGGCUCAAAGGAAUUUUUUUCUCCCUAAUAUUUUAAAUAUCAUUUAAGUCAGAAUGAAAAGUAUUCAUGCAUUGUGUGAAAUGUGUGAAAGUAUAGUGUGAGAGAUGCCUGCCCUGGCCUGUGUCCCAAUUGCGGCAUGGGACUCUGCCCUCGUCCAGCCUAUGGCUCAUAUCGGCCUAGUGCAUUGUAAAAUUGUGUACAGUGUAUCGACUGUUUAUAUAAAGGAAAUGUGUAAUAUUGGGCAUUACUGUAAAUCUGUACAGUUGAAUGAAUAUUCUAUAUUUUCUUACUUGUUUGUGUGUUUGUAAUGUCAAUGUAAAAAAAGUAAAUAACAUCAUGAGACAGGCAUAAUUCCAGCUACUUUUGCCUGUGUGCUAACAUGUUGACCAGUGUCUGAAUUGUAUCAAAAAUUAACCAACACUCGGAUAUGGAAUGCUAAGUUGGAAAAAAUAAAACAUUGGCACAUGCACUGCAUUUAAAAACUGAAAAUUAUUGGUCAGUUCUAUCACCAGGGCUGGAAAUUUACCAAAUUUCAGUAACCAUUUAUCAAAAUGGUGAGAGAUAUUUUGAAUUGAAGAGGUAGAUUUUGAGAAUGUGUAUUUGACAGGGGUAAUUUUGUAAAUCCCAUCAUACUACUGAAUGCCACCGUCGGAUAUUUCUGCCUCGUGAGUUAGUAGAACAUCUUGCUGCUCAAAAACUUCCUGGCUGGCAAUGCAAUUGGAACGGAGGUGCAUUGAUGUGUGUGUACUUCUUCCUCUUUUUGUUUCUGCUGGUCGUUAAGGUGAAAGGUUUUAUAAAGCAGAGUUAAAUAAUUUUCUCUUUAUAUCUGUACCCCUGUACUUUAGCUCAUACAGGCUGGAACAGGCCCUCCACAUGUUAAUACUGUAGAGCUCCUCCUGCCCUUGCCAAAAGACCUAACAUUGUCAAAUUGUAAAUUUGUGAAUAUUAUUGACUUUUUUGUGAGGAGGCCAAUAUUGUGGCUUAUAAUGUAAACAUUUUGUAAUAAAUUAGUGUACAGAAAAUGUGUACAUUUGGAAGAUGUACCUUUUGUAAACGCCAUAUUGUACAGAGCACAUGGUGAUAUUCUUGUGAGCUGUGUUACUGCUGUAUAGUAAAUUGUACAUAUUGAUUAUGAAGCAAGAUCUUAGCUUGGCCUGUACCUGCCUGUUGAGCACUAGUUGUAUAUUGCAUAUGUACUGUAGGUGUAAUUUUCUUGUAAACUGUAUUUUGUAUAUGUCUUAAGCUAACAGUAGUUGAACGUAAUAUUUACUGUCUUGAUCUCACAGUUCCUGCGGGGAAGGUGUGAAGUGUGAAUUUUUGUCAUUUUGCCAUGCUUAUAGUUUCUUGGUUUGGUUUUCAGUAAAAGUUUAAUAAUGAUGCUAAUCUUUGCCAUUAGAAUAUGAAAAAAAAUUCAAAUUCAAACAUUUUCACACUUCUCCAUGGAAAUGCUCUCUUUCCCAAAACUUGACUCUUGGUUCUGUAAUUGACUAAAGGAAAACAAAACUAAAAUUGAACAUAAUUAUAUCAUUGAAAGUGAAUUAGGGGACCCAGUUGUCUUUACUGUACAUCUAUGUACAUUUUCAUAUUUGUAACCUUUGUUUGCUUUAGAUGUAGACGGACAUGGUCCUUUUCACCCAAUUCUUGGCACUAGCUUCUCUGGAGUUUUUAUUGUGUUCAUAUAUUCAAACUAUGUAUUCUUGUUAAAACUUCUCAUUGAAUUUUUAAUGUUGCAGUAUUUGCACCAUGUCUGUUGAUAUUAGCAGUUAUUAAAAGUUUCGUGUAAUUUUUGUAUUGUUUGUAUUAGUGUAGUUAGCCUUGAGGUGUGCUAAUUGGCUGCUGGGGCUGCCUUCUAGGUACUGUUUAAGUAGGGAAAGUAUUGUGGCCUUUAGUAUUCCUCUUUUCCUUCCUAGUAAUUUUGUCAUAAUUUCCUCAUUCUGUGAUAUUUUUAUUAGAGAAGGUAAGGAAUAAAAGUUUACUGCUCUUUCCACUAUCUUAAAUGGGUUUCACAUUAGGGGCUUAGUCCCUUAUGCCUUAACGCCAGACCUUUUGUCAUCCAGGCCACACUAGCGUGUACGUAGGACGUUUUCAACUGUAUUAUAUGUAAAAAAAAAUGUAUCUUAUACAAUAUGUAUAAAAUGGAGUGAUGCAUUCCAUUUGAACAUCCAAGGUUUUUUAUUACCUAAUGUCUUAAGGUGAACAGUCCGACGGACAACUGCUCCAGUUAGCUAGCCUCUGCCAGCAUUGUUUCUAGAAUUGUUACUGUUACUGGCCAGGGUGGAGGUGGCUUGGCUUCGGUGACCUUUGUUCCUUACUUCCCUCAAGUCAAAAAAAUGUAGCCACCCCAUUUUAACUUAGAGCUAAUUUAGUACAGUAUUACCAUUCUGGCCUUGACCACGUAUUUCUUGCAAGCUGUAGAAACAAACUAGUUCCCUUGCUACUUUUGCUGUUCAAUUCCUUUACAGAAAAUUCAGAUUUUUCUACCUUAAUUAAAAUUCUUCUUGAAUAAAAAUUCUUCUAAUCUACAUAACUAGUAACAAUCCUCAAUUUAGUAAAAGUAUCACUUGAAGAUCAAGAGACAGUGCCUUGCCACUACUGCUUGUAAGUUGAGAACGUGGGGAAUGGCUAAAGGGAGAACAUCUAGAGUAAGGAAUGGGGGAGCUGGGUCAACCUUAAACCGUGUGGGCUGGUGCGGGUUGGUUACAGAAUUAUAAUUUUAUAUAUAUUAUAUAUAUAUAUAUAGUGUGCUUGUAAAAAGGUACUGUAUAAUAUUUGGAAGUUGUAAAAGUUUCAAAGCACUUAAAAGUCUGUUUAUGGUAAUGUACAGUAAUAUGAUUAUUUUUAAAUCUUUUAUUUCCAUAAUUGUAACCAACCCUGCACAAACAGUUUUCACCAAUUUAUCAGUUCUGUGAUGUACAUGCUGUAUCAUAUGUAAUGGUCUACUCCAUUAAUAAAUUUUCUGUAAUGUGAUAA